AUGGCAGAGUCGACCUACAAGUUCAACGUUGUCAUGACUUGCACAGGGUGCUCGGGUGCGAUUGAGCGGGUGCUGAAGAAGACGGAAGGUCUCUCCUCGUACGACGUCUCGCUCGAAAAGCAAGAAGUCAUCGUCAAGACCUCUUCAGUUCCCUACGACGACGUCCUCGCCAAGAUCAAGAAGACGGGCAAGGAAGUCAAGAGUGGCGAGGUCGUCAGCGCGUAG